AAACAAACCGACGAUCCUCACUUGUUCAAGAAUUCGGAAAUCAAAUCCUCGACGAUAUUCCGUCGUUCCGACGUCCGGGAACGCGGAACGCGGACUCAAGUCGCCGACUCUGAUUUGGCGCUGGUGUAGUUCGGGUGGUUGGUUCUCGUUCCGCCGAAGAGAGGCUAAAGAGUGGCGGUGUGACAAUUGAUUAAUUUAAGACACGGGGCGGAGAGACGAAUAUUGCCAACGAGCAUCAGGGGUUGUUGUUUUGUCCACCUAUGUGCAGGAUAACCUACGCACGGUGUAACACGAAGAGAACGGAGCUUAUAGUUUAUUGUAAUAUAACUUGUAACAACAAACGAACGACGACAACAACGACGACGACGACGACGACGAGGCGUCAUUGAACGUGUAGGAAAUAGUCGCGGAAGAUUACUGAAAACAGCAGAUCUUUGGGAGAGGAAUAAUCACAGCAUCUUCCUGCAAGUUCCGUUGAUUCGGGGGGUUUUUGUGAACGCAGAAGAUCCCUGUCGGCAGUCGCAAUGGCUACUUUGUCACUUCGAAUCUCCAUACCGGAGCAGAAUGCUACAAAGAUGAUGCAGUUUGAUCCAACGACGUCGGUCUACGAUGCCUGUCGUGUUAUUAGGGAAAAACUGACAGACUCUGCCAGCCUAGGACAGCCCAAGGAUUACAGUCUUUUCCUGGCCGAUGACGACGUGAAAAAGGGUGUGUGGCUUGAACCUGGACGCAAUCUCGAUUACUACAUAUUGAGGAACGGAGACCUCCUCGAAUAUCGUCGCAAGCUGCGAACCCUCAGGGUCAGAAUGCUCGAUGGAACGCUGAAGACACUGCUUGUAGACGACAGCCAACCUGUAGCCAAUCUCAUGGUGGUAAUAUGCACAAAAAUUGGCCUCACCAAUCACGAUGAGUAUUCAUUGGUCAGAGAACUGCCUGACGAAGAAACGGAGAAUCAAAAACCAGGAAACUUUGGCACUCUCACGUUGAAGAGACGAAAGGAAGAGAAAGGGGAGAGGGACGCGAAAAUGGAUCAACUCAGGAAAAAACUGAAAACAGACGAUGAAGUCAAUUGGAUCGACCCGAGUCAAACGCUGCGCGAGCAGGGAAUAGACGAGCAGGAAACUGUCCUCCUUAGACGAAAGUUCUUCUUCUCCGAUCAGAAUAUCGACAGCAGAGACCCUGUGCAAUUGUCCCUUCUCUACGUUCAAGCCAGAGACGCUAUUCUGGAUGGCACACAUCCCAUCACUCAAGAGAAGGCUUGCACUUUUGCUGGAAUACAGUGUCAAAUACAGUUCGGCGACUACAAAGAAGACAAGCACAAGACUGGAUUUCUCGACCUCAAGGAGUUUCUGCCUCAGUCUUAUUUGAAGGUGAAGGGAAUAGAGAAGAAGGUAUUCGCAGAACACAAAAAGCACGCAGGAUUGUCGGAGCUUGACGCCAAAGUGCUGUACACCAAAACCGCCAGAUCGCUGAGCACUUACGGUGUGACGUUUUUCCUCGUCAAGGAAAAAAUGAAAGGGAAGAACAAACUCGUUCCACGACUUCUCGGCGUCACCAAGGACUCCGUUCUGCGAUUAGACGAAAAAACUAAAGAGAUAUUGAAAACCUGGCCUCUUACCACCGUGCGACGCUGGGGGGCUUCACCCAACACCUUCACUCUUGACUUUGGUGAUUAUUCGGACCAAUAUUACAGCGUGCAGACCACUGAGGCGGAGCAAAUACUCCAACUCAUUGCUGGCUACAUCGACAUCAUACUGAAAAAGCAGAAGGCCAAGGACCACUUUGGUAUCGAAGGCGACGAAGGCUCCACCAUGGUUGAAGACAAUGUUUUACCUCUGAAAGGUACGAUCAUGCAGCACGAAACUAGCAACAAGGGAAAAGGCAAUAUCGAAUCUGUAGCUUUGCCUGUCGUCAUAAGAGUUGGCGGAGAUGGAGCUCAAUCGUAUGGAACCGGUCAUAUGGGUGCUGCCCAGUAUUCAACUGUCAGCGGACAGGCCAUACCUGGUCAUGCUCCUUCAAUGGUACAGCAAACAAAAGUUACGUCCGUAUUGUCUGAGCCGCAGCGUGCCUUGUUGUCGACGAUAACGGCGAGUCACCAGGUGAUCCAAACGGCGGAGAGCGAACUCUCAUCAAAGGCCCAACUUCCUGAGCUCGGUACAGACCCUGCGUCUCUAAAAUGGAUCGAACAGACUAUGGACACUCACAAGCAGAGCGUAGGCUCUCAAAUUGCUGCCAUGAACGCCGCAACCGCGCAGGUCGUCACCCUGACAUCUGGUCCUGCUGAUGACGUGGAUCACACUGCUGUCGGCGCUGCGAUAACAACUAUUGCCAGUAAUUUACCCGAGAUGACAAAGGGUGUGAGAAUGAUCGCCGCUCUUAUGGAGGACGAUUCAUCCGGUGACAGGCUUCUCGACGCUGCGAGAAAACUUUGCGUUGCCUUCUCAGAUCUGCUCAAGGCUACGGAGCCGGAAACUAAAGAGCCAAGGCAAAAUCUUCUCAACGCUGCUUCUCGCGUCGGCGAAGCUUCGCAUCAAGUUCUAACGACGAUCGGCGAGGAGGAUGAAUCGAAUCGCGAAUUGCAAGACAUGCUGCUGGCACUGGCAAAGGCCGUGGCUAACACCACAGCUGCUUUGGUCCUCAAGGCGAAGAACAUAGCUGCGACUUGCGAGGACUCGACUACUCAGAACAGAGUCAUAUCAGCUGCCACGCAGUGCGCUUUGGCCACUUCGCAGCUAGUCGCAUGCGCCAAGGUUGUGGCACCGACUCUCCACUCACCGGCCUGCCAAGCGCAGCUGAUGAACGCUGUCCGAGAAGUUACAAAGGCGGUUGAAGGCUUGGUAGAAGUUUGCAACGAGACUUGCAAUGACGAAGUUUUACUCAGAGAGCUUAGCACCGCCGCAGGCGAGGUCAGCAGAACUCUGAACGAUCUUUUGAAUCGCAUUCAAUCGGCGACGAGAGGCGAAAAAGCGAAGGAAAGCGUGCAGGAGGGAGCAGUGGAGACAAUAUUUGUAGCCACCGAUAAACUCUUCGCAAGCACUGGAGACGCUGGGGAAAUGGUUCGCCAGGCAAAGGUCGUCGGUCAGGCGACCGCUCAACUUAUUCACAGCAUAAAGGGCGAAGCCGAAAAUCAACCAGAUGGUGAUCAGCAACGGAGACUUUUGGCUGCUGCGAAAAUUCUCGCGGAUGCUACGGCAAAGAUGGUUGAGGCUGCCAGGCAGUGUGCAAGCAGUCCGCACGACGCCAGAAUGCAGGACCAAUUACGACAGGCUGCCGAGGAACUCAGAGCUGCGACUACGGCUGCUGCCACACCGGCGCUUCGACGGAAAUUAAUCACCAGACUCGAAUCUUGCGCCAAACUCGCUGCUGCCAAUGCCACGCAGUGUAUUUCUGCAGCUUCUGGCGCUGGUAAACACAACACCAAUGCUGCCAGUCAGGAGGAACUCAUCGCCGAGUGCCGUGCCAUGGCUCACCAAGUUCCGAAUCUCGUCGCUGGGGUUAAAGGAACGCUGGCACAGCCUGACAACUCAAGUGCUCAACUGGACCUGAUCAAUGCUGCGGAACAGUUCCUGCAGCCAGGUUCUAGUGUUGUAAAAGCUGCCAGAGCCGUGGUUCCGACAGUCUCAGAUCAGGCGUCCGCAAUGCAGUUGAAUACCAGUUCCCAGCAGUUGGGAUCAACGCUGUCUGAUUUAAGAUCAGCGGUGACUCGUGCGCGAGAGGCUUGUGGCGGAUUGGAAUUGGACGCUGCUGAAGAAUUGAUAAACAGCCUGAAGGAUGAGCUUUAUGAAUUCUACCAAGCAGUCGAAGCGGCUAGGCUCAGACCUCUGCCUGGGGAAACAGCGGAGUCCACAGCACUGCAACUCGGCGCCUCGUCAAAGAACGUUGGUGUCGCAAUGGCGCAACUUUUGUCAGCUGCUAAACAGGGCAAUGAAAAUUACACCGGUAGCGCAGCGAGGGAAACAGCGAGCGCCCUCAAGGAGCUAACGAACGCUGUACGCGGUGUCGCAGCAACCUCGAACCAACCUGAGACGCAGAAGAAGGUACUGACCACUGCCGACGACAUUAUACUCAGAUCUUUGCACCUGGUCAAGGAGGCUAGAAGGGCGCUCAACAAUCCCGACAACCCUGACAACGUCGGUAAUCUUGCGGCUGUCGCCAAGGAUGUUUCACAGUCGUUGAAUAAAUGCGUCUCCUGUCUUCCUGGGCAAAGAGAUGUCGACGAUGCCAUACGCAGCAUCGACGAUAUGAGCCAGGUUCUGAACAUGAACGAAUUCCCGCAAACUAACAAGAGCUACGGGCAACUUCAGCAAAACUUGAACACCGCUGCCGCGGAUCUGAACGAUGCAUCGUCGAACGUAGUUUCUUCUGUACGUUCACCAGUUCAACUGGCGAGCACUUCUAAGGAGUUUACUAACGCCUUUGGCGAACUAUUAGGUGUCAGCAUGGAAAUGGCUGGUCAAACUACGACCGAGACACGCGGGAAAAUGGUUGUGUCGCUGAAAAAUGUCAGCAUGACGUCAAGCAAGCUUUUGGUAACGGCGAAAUCUGUCGCGGCGGAUCCGGGUGCGCCGAACGCGAAGAAUCAGCUUGCCGCGGCCGCGAGAGCGGUGACAGACUCCAUAAACUAUCUCGUCGACGUUUGCACCUCAGCUGCACCAGGUCAGAACGAGUGCGACAGCGCGAUAAGAAACAUCCAGUCGAUGCGUCCGCUCCUCGAUAAUCCCAGCGAUCCUAUAUCUGAUGUUUCGUACUUCGAGUGCCUCGACACUGUCAUGGAGAAGAGCAAGAGUCUUGGCGAGGGAAUGACUGGCAUUGCUAAUCACGCGAAGAAAUCCGAACACGAACAAUUCUCCGUCGCCGUCAGGGGCGUUUCAUCAUCGAUUUGCGGCCUCGUUGAGGCCGCCGCUCAGGCCGCUUAUUUGGCCGGUGUCAGCGACCCGACUUCGGUCGCUGGAAAACCUGGACUCGUUGAUCAGGCACAGUUCUUCAGGGCGGCUCAGGCCAUACACACGGGCUGCCAGAGCCUUGCGAAUCCGACGAGCUCUUCUCAGCAGGUGCUUCACGCUGCGACGAUGAUCGCAAAGCACACGAGCGCACUUUGCAAUGCGUGUCGCGUCGCCUCGAGCAAAACCAGCAACCCGGUCGCCAAAAGGCACUUCGUUCAGUCCGCGAAGGACGUCGCUAACUCUACUGGAAGUCUGGUUAAGGAGAUCAAAGCUCUGGACCAGGUCUGCUCGGAAGCUAAUCGCGAAAGGUGCUCCGAGGCCACGAAACCGCUCCUAGAGGCGGUCGACAGUCUCUGCAGCUUCGCUUCAUCGCCGGAAUUUGCUAGUCAACCCGCGAAGAUAUCGGUCGCCGCACGCGCCGCUCAAGAGCCGAUUACCAGCGCUGGAAAAUCUAUCAUCGACGGUUCCUGCGCUAUGGUUCAGGCUGCUAAGAGCCUUGCGGUCAGUCCCAAGGAUCCACCGACUUGGCAGCUGCUCGCUAAUCACAGCAAGAACGUCAGUGAUUCGAUCAAGUCGCUUGUAGCCUCGAUCAGAGACAAAGCGCCCGGACAAAAGGAGUGCGACGCUGCGAUUGAGACGCUUUCUGCCCGCAUUCGCGAACUUGACGCCGCUUCUCUCAGCGCGGUUUCUCAGGCUCUUGUACCGCGCAAGGAAAACACCGUGCAGGGAUUCACCGACCAGAUGGAAAGCAGCGCUAACGAACUUCGUGAAAAACUCGAACCGCUCAGAUCUGCCGCAAAGUACGGAGCCGAACACGUUGGUCACGCGGUCAGCCAGAUCGCUCUAUACUCGGAGCCGCUUGUCACUGGAGCCGUCGGUGCCGCGUCGAACAUGGUUCACUCGAAGCAGCAAAUGGUGCUUUUGGACCAGACUAAAACUGUCGCGGAGUCCACGCUGCAGUUGAUUUAUGUCGUAAAAGAAUCCGGCGGCAAUCCGAAGGCCGUUAACAUCCAUUCUGAGGUCGACGAGAACGUCGAAUCGACCAAGGAUGCCCUCAGGGAGCUGCAAAAUACCCUAGAAACAAUUUCAACAUCAAACGGCAUCGUCACUGGACUCAUCGACACUAUCUCUCGAGCCAUGGUCAGGCUAGAAGAUCACAGGAUGUCUACCGUUGACACUGUCGAUUCAUACGUUGACUAUCAGACUCGGAUGGUCGAGGCUGCUAAGGAAAUUGCGCGAUUGGCACAGGAAAUGUCGUCAAAGUCUAGCGUCGACGUAUCACGCCUGGGUCCGUUAGCGGUAGACAUAUCUCACAAGUACACCCAGUUAUCUCGGGACGCAUCGGGUGCUUCAGCGGCAACGACAAACGCGGACGUGUCUUCUCGCCUCAGAAUUGGAGUCCAGGAGUUGGGUCAAGCUUGCGCGGACAUGGUAAAAGCUGCGGGAACGUGCCAGAUGGCUUCUGGAGAUACGUUUACACAGCGAGAGGUCUCUGAACAGAGUAAAAACGUGUCGGAGAAAGUAUCCCAGGUCCUUGCGGCCCUCCAGGCAGGAUCGCGAGGCACCCAGGCAUGCAUCAACGCCGCAAGCACGGUUUCUGGUAUAAUUGGUGACCUGGACACGACCAUAAUGUUCGCCACGGCUGGAACCCUUCAUGCCGAGAACGAGGGCGACAUUUUCGCCGAUCACAGAGAAAAUAUUCUCAAAACUGCCAAGGCUCUCGUCGAAGAUACAAAGACUCUUGUCGCUGGAGCUGCUUCAUCUCAGGAGCAGCUCGCUGUUGCUGCCCAAAACGCGGUCUCGACUAUUGUACAACUUGCUGAGGUUGUCAAGUACGGAGCUGCUAGUUUGGGGAGCCACAAUCCCGAGGCUCAAGUCAUGCUGAUCAAUGCUGUCAAGGAUGUUGCUUCCGCUCUCGGUGAUCUGAUUCAAGCCACUAAAACGGCCAGCGGUAAACCGAUUAACGAUCCGAGCAUGGCGCAUCUUAAAGAUUCCGCAAAGGUGAUGGUAACCAACGUUACGUCUCUGCUGAAAACAGUGAAAGCAGUUGAAGACGAGCACACACGCGGUACACGAGCCCUGGAGUCGACGAUCGAAGCAAUCGGCCAAGAAAUACGUUCUCUAAACACUACAGAAAUCCAGCUGAAAUCGACCGUGACUCCGGAGGACCUUGUCAGAUGUACCAAGAACAUAACAAUUUCGACGGCGAAGGCAGUAGCGGCAGGCAACAGUUGCAAACAGGAUGACAUCAUAGCAGCGGCUAACAUGGGACGAAAAUCUAUCAGCGACAUGCUUUUGAUAUGCAAAAACGCCGCCCACAACUGUGCGGAGACUGCUGAACUCAGAGACCGAACUCUGAAUGCCGGACACGACGUUGCUAUGAAUUACAGAGAGCUACUCCAGGCCAUAUUGCAAAUAUCUACCCGUCCCAGCGACGCCAAACACGUUCUUCCUCCUAUAUCAAGGAAAAUUGCUCAGUCUGUUACCGAGCUUGUCACUGUCGCUGAACUCCUCAAAGGAAACGACUGGGUCGAUCCUGAUGACCCGACAGUCAUUGCUGAAAAUGAAUUGCUUGGAGCAGCUGCCAGCAUCGACGCUGCUGCUAAGAAACUGGCUAGUCUCAGACCGAGGCGAAGCAUACAGGAAGCUAGCGAAGACAUGAACUUCGACGAGAUGAUACUCGAGGCUGCGAAAUCUAUUGCAGCAGCCACGUCGGCACUCAUAAAAGCGGCCAGCGCGGCUCAGCGGGAGCUUAUAGCGACUGGAAAAGUGUCGCGAACACCAUUGACGAGUUCGGAUGACGGUCAGUGGUCCGAGGGUUUGAUAUCCGCUGCCCGUUUGGUAGCAGCGGCAACGCAUAGUCUGGUGGAAUCGGCUAACGCCUUGGUCCAAGGGGUCAGUUCGGAAGAGAAACUGAUAUCCAGCGCCAAGCAGGUGGCGAGUAGCACGGCACAGCUGCUGGUAGCUUGUAAGGUGAAAGCUGACCCAGACAGCGAGAGUACGAAGAGACUGCAGGCGGCUGGAAACGCCGUGAAGAGAGCCACGGACAAUCUUGUCAGAGCAGCGCAGCAGGCGAUUCAGCAGGAGGAGGACAGGUCUCUAGUUUUGAACAGGAAGAUGGUCGGAGGCAUUGCACAGGAGAUAAACGCGAGAUCUGAGGUGCUGAGAAUCGAGCGAGAGCUCGAAGAAGCCCGAGGCAGGCUCACUGCCAUUCGUCAGGCAAAAUACAAAAGUAAAACUGAUACUUCCGAUGACGCUGAGACCGAUGCUGACCAGAGCGGAUACGAAAGUUACACAACAAGAUACGAGACUAGGUCUUAUGAACCGAAUCAGUCGCGAUCUCCUAUACAAAUGAUGACCAGUACUCUGGAUCAGCUUCAACCUACUACCGAAUAUAUAAGUCACAAAAAACUUACGGAGAGCAGCACUUCCGUUCAUGUCAAGAAAACUUUUACGCAACAGGUAUUGAGGUUUGAAAAUUAAACUUUGGUAAUCGGUGAUGAUUCGCGAUCGACAGAUUAUCGCGAUCUCUAAUUAUGGGGGACAAAUUAUUACUGUAAUUUUUUUUUUUCUUUUUUUUUUCCGUUUUUAACGUCUCUCUUUUGACAAAAUCAAAAUCUAGCCUAAUUUUAUAACUGUUAUUGUUGUUAUUAUCAUUGUAACUAUUAUUAUUAUUAUUAUUAUUAUUAUUAAUAUUGUCUCUCGCAGAGAAUAGAGAAGAAAAAAAAUUUACAAAAUGAAAGAAGAAAAAGAAAAAAAACUCAUAAUGACGUACGCUAUUCGCCAAUGCUGUUUAGACGGAAUGUUAAUGUUUUAAUUGAAAAUUUUAUACCCUAUACAAUAUGCGUAGAUCUUACACGCGAUAGUUUAUUCCCAUUUACGAUAUUCAAUAUUAUGAUUUCGUAACAAAUAUGGUGACGGAUGAUUUCGAAGAUAUUUUUGCGCUAAAUACCAUAUCUCUGCGAAAUGAUGAUCAGGAAAAGU